AUGAGGAACCACAGUGUUAUCUCUGAGUUCAUCCUCCUCGGGCUGUCUGUGGAUCCCCAGAUCCAGCCUCUGCUCUUUGUGCUGUUCCUUGUUAUUUACCUCCUGACCCUGAUGGGGAAUCUGAUGCUGCUGCUGGUGAUCGGGUUUGAUCCCCAUCUUCACAUCCCCAUGUACUUUUUCCUGAGGCAGUUGUCCUUCCUCGAUCUCUGCCACUCCUCUGUCACUGUGCCCAAGCUGCUGGAGAAUCUGCUGUCUGAGAAGAAAACUGUCUCAGUAGAGGGCUGCCUGGCUCAGGUCUUCUUUCUGUUUGCCUCCGGGGGCACUGAAUCCUGCCUACUGGCUGUGAUGGCAUAUGACCGCUAUGUUGCCAUCAGUUCUCCUCUGCUCUAUGCCCAGGUGAUGAACAGACAGCUGUGUAUGGGACAGCUGAUGGGGCUGGUGUGGGCCUCAUGGAGUUUUGCUUUUCUGGAUGCUCUUAUCAAUAUCCUUGUAGCUCUCAAUUUAGACUUCUGUGAGGCUCAAGAUAUCCAUCACUUCUGCUGUGAGCUGCCCUCUCUUUACCCCCUGUCCUGCUCUGAUGUGACUGCAAGUUUUACUGCCCUGCUCUGCUCUAGCCUCCUGCAUUUCUUUGGAAAUUUUCUCCUGAUAUUUUUCUCCUAUGUUCGCAUUUUGUCCACCAUCCUGCGCAUCAGCUCCUCCACAGGCAGAAGCAAGGCCUUCUCUACCUGCUCCUCCCACCUCACUGCAGUGAUCUUCUUUUAUGGUUCGGGACUUCUCCGUUAUCUCAUGCCAAAUUCUGGAUCCAUUCGAGAGUUAAUCUUCUCCUUGCAGUACAGUGUGAUCACCCCUAUGCUGAAUCCCCUCAUCUACAGCCUGAAGAACAAGGAGAUGAAGGCUGCUGUGAAAAGGAUGUUGAGAAAAUAUUUCUGGUGCUUCAAAUAAUAACAUCAGAAUG